GUGUCGGGAUACUAGAGAUGAGGGUUGGAUAUUAAAGUUUACGUAACCAUUACACUUUUCCGUUAAUUAGAAAAAUCCCCACAUAAUAAAGUUAUCAUUAUGAAUACUGUUGGUGGUUUUAAAAUCUGUAUCAUCUGUUUCAAUGAUGAUUAUAUAAUCUUCAGAAAUAUACUAAUUUUAAACUUUGGCUUAUUUUCUUAAAACGCGUGUUUUUGUUCAUUAUGUUUAUAGGUGACAGGACAGUGGCUCGUUUGCUACAACCUCCCAAUCGAGGAAAUCGCAGUGCCGCAUCCUACAAAGGUCUGAUCGAUGCCCGUGUAGCAACCAAGGACAACUCGGCUAGAAAAGAGAAUACGAACAGCCACUUCUAUUCAUCUCGGGUCAAGUAUUGUCUGGAAAUGGCGUCUAAAGUUGGGGAAUGUGCACUCGUCUUCUCUGCUGACAAUAAGAACAAGAUCCGUGUGAGUGACAACUCGUUGGCAGUGGAUCGGCGGAUCACCAUUCGGCGUUUCUUUCCUUCCUCCGAUGCUCCUCGGUACUGGGAUCAUGACUUCCCUACACCAGGAUACGCUUUGACACCAGCCGGGUACUUGGAGUUGUCUUCCUCUCCAGGGUUCAUCGAAGAUCAGCUCGGGCGACAACGUUAUGUUCUUCCCGAGAAUCACAAGGCCACAGUCGUGCUGAGAAGUCCCCACUCCGAAACGAACAUAGCGUCUCAUCUAAACGACUUGACAACUCUGAUGCGCGAGGACAAGCGCAUGUUACUCCUCUUAGUCGACGGUAGUCCAGAUUUCAGCCCGAACCAUGCUACAAAUAUCUUUCAUUACGGGAGGUUCUUCAAGGACUCUAGACUUGAUGCUCUGAUUGUCACAACCUACUGCCCUGGGGAUUCUGCAUACAAUCCAAUUGAGCAUGUUUUGGGGCCCAUGUACCCAAUCUUUGACGGGCGUGUACUUGCCAGCCACUCUGCCCGAUGAAGAUAAGCCUCCUUGUCAGCAGAGCAUCACCACCGAAGAGAGGAAGCUGAAGGAAAACAGAGUAUUUGACAGAGCGAUGAACUCAAUCCAAAACGGCUACUGGAAACAGGUCAAGUUUUCUGGGAACAACAUUGAAGUGAGAUGCGAGCCAAGCGGAGC